UUAUAUUGUUCAAACGCACAGAUCAAAGGCUUCGUUGCAGUGGUUUGUGAUUUGUGACGGUACACAGACAGCGUUUGAGGGUAUACAAUUUAAUUAUGCAUCUAACGGGGAGAUUGGAAGAUGUCGACCAAAUCAGACAACAGCUCUUUUCGAUUAAAAAGAUGCCAUGCGACAUCGGUUUCUCUCGGCAUUGACGCUAUAACAAGAGCUCACGCCAUCCAUUAAGCGGUCCAUUAGUAUUAAGAAAUCCCCGGAUCAACACUUUAAUGAGCCCCUAAUGAAAACAAUCGAUUACAGAUAAGGAAUUAAACCGGUCCGAACCACGCAGCGAAGUCUCUCGCGCCCGCAUUAACUAUCCCUUGAUUUCCAUUUAUUCAAAUUCAUGUUCUCGUUAACGCGCGAGACCGCGGCGCGAGGAAACGAGGCCGUUUUAAUUCGCUCGCCGCCGAAAUCUCCCGUGUCUGCCAUUAACACGCACGCUGGAACCCCCUCGCGGUGUUUGUCGAAAUAAUUACUGUUCCUGUAUCGCGUUAUCCCCCUUUGUCUCGAUUAAUGGAUCCGCUUUGAGGGAAGCCAACCGCCCGCGGCGGGAAAACUUCGCGCCAAACCCCACUUCGCGCCGAAUCCACCUCGCGCCAGACCUAACAAUACAAUUAAACAUUUUUUAAAAACAAUAAUUAACCAUUUUAUUCCUUAAAUCGACGCAUGGAGAGAUUAUUUACAGCACAGCGCCGUAGAUAAACACUAAUUUCCUCUCAGGAUCUCCCCGCAGGACCACCAGUCCAGUUCGCACCUUGUUAACACCGCCAUUAGAUUUGCUUUACAUUCGCUGAUUGUUGAUUUACAUUUGCGACUAAAUGGCAGCUCUUUACGGCCGUUGACUCGGCCAACAUCAUAUAAAGCCCCGGCGGUCCGGCUGGGCUUCAUUCGCUCCGGCUCCAGCGACCAAAGAACAUCUCGAGAUGCUGACCUCCGCGAUCUGGAUCUCCGUGAUGGGCCUCGCCGUCUGCAGACCGCCCGCCAAUCACCUGGAAAGCGAGUCCGAGGAGGUGCGCUCGGAGGCCAUCAGGAGGCUUUUGGAGGUGUUUGGGAUGGAGGAUCCCCCCGCGGCUCUGGCCCGGGGACACAAACAGCCUCCUCAGUACAUGCUGGACCUGUAUAACACCAUCGCGGAUGUGGACGGGGUCACCAAAGACCCGACGCUCCUGGAGGGAAACACCGUACGGAGCUUCUUCGAUAAACUGCACAGCGACCAAAUCGAGUUUCUCUUCAACAUGUCCACGGUGGCCAAGAGCGAGAAGAUCCUCACAGCCGAGCUCCACCUCUUCAAGCUCAGGCCGCAAGCGUCGCUCGCCUUCAACAGACACCACUUCUGUCAGGUACGGCGUUUACAGUCUGCCGAGAAAACGGCACGCCGCCGAAAGGACCUUCUCCGGGUUAAUCGCUGCAGUGGUGUGUUUUUAACGCAGGUCAGCGUCUAUCAGGUUCUCGAGAGCGGCAGGAAGAACGUCUCGCAAGGGAAGAAGCUGCUCUCAUCCAGACUGGUGCCGAUCCACUCCAGCGGCUGGGAGGUUUUUACCAUCACUCAAGCUGUGCGCUCGUGGAUGUCAGACGAAGGCAGUAAUCUGGGGCUCCUGGUCUCGGUCAGGACUCUGGCGGGUCUUCAGAUGGACCUGAAGACCGUGAGGUUCGCGUCGGGCCGCGACCACCAUCACAGCAAGCAGCCCAUGCUGGUGCUCUUCACCGACGAUGGGAGACGGGCGGCUUCUCUGGAGGUCAUGCCGAAAGGUUCAGAGGAUGCUCCCGCUAGACCCAGCCUCCCGUUUCCCAGCAUGCCUCUCUCGGCAGCGGCUCGUCGCAGCGCUCGCUCCAUAGACUACGACGAGAGCGGGGAAAAGAUGCCGUGUCAGCGCCUGCCGCUCUACGUGGACUUCGAGGAGAUCGGCUGGUCCGGGUGGAUCGUGUCCCCGCGCGGAUACAACGCCUACCACUGCAAAGGCUCCUGUCCGUUUCCUCUGGGUCAGAACAUGAGGCCCACCAACCACGCCACGGUCCAGUCCAUCAUCAACGCCCUCAAACUGACCAAAGGCAUCGAGACGCCCUGCUGCGUGCCGGACAAGCUCUUCAGCAUUAACCUGCUGUACUUCGACGACGAUGAGAACGUGGUUCUGAAGCAGUAUGAUGAUAUGGUGGCCGGCAGCUGCGGCUGUCACUGACCGCCACAAACCCGGACUGGA